UAUUUUGGUCCCAGAACCGCGCAGACAUGAAAGCACUGCUAACAACGCUGGCCUUCAGCAUUUGGCUCACUCACUCGCUGUCCUAUCUGGAAGAAGAUGGUCAAAAAGUCAGCGCUGCCGGGAACGACACGACGCAAUGUUUUUCGCUUUAUCAACCACUUCUUAAGGAGUUGGGUGCACAGUGGUCCACAGACUAUGAGCAAUGUUUGCAAAAUGCUUCCACUAUUCGCGUUCAACUCCUAACUGAUAUAGGUGCUCUGAAAGACGACAUAAAGCAGGCGGCAAUGGGCGUAUCCAAUUUUAUAGAAGAAUGCCUACAGUUGACCGAUGCUCUGGAAUAUUUCAAUUGUUUUUCCAAGUUUUCCAAACAGAAUCUAGCUACUGUCUAUGCAAUAUCCUUCAAUGCCUCAGCAGAUGCUUUAAUCCUCAAUGAGAAACUGGCCAGCAAUGAGAUAAGCAAGUAUCAGUGCACCAACGAAACGGAGCGUGAUUAUGUAGUGGGGACCUCACAAGUCUUUGACGCCCUGGACCACUGCUUGCUCUACGGGCCACCCUCAACAGCAACGACCACAUUUUUGGGAUCUUAAGUUAAUUUACUAAACAUUAAAAUAUGCUAUUCGAACAGUU